AUGGGAAGUCAGGAGGAGGAGAAGGCGAUCGACAAGUGGGCGCUGUUGCCUGGCGAGCCGUUCUUCAUGCCAUUGGCGAUUGCGGAUCGGAUGUUCUUUGCAAACAAGUCGGUGAACUAUCCGGUGGAUGGGGUUGUCCCGAAGGAGCACCUGCACUGGCAGCCGGAGUUCUUUGGACAUACGAUCACGGUCAAUGGGAAGGUCUGGCCGUACUUCCGGGUGCGGAGAGCACUGUACCGGCUGCCGAUCCUGGGGGCAUCCAACGCGCGCUUCUACCAUCUGCGCUUUCAGUGCGCCGUGCGGGGGGACUAUCAUGACUUCAAGCCGCCCUUCCGCGGACCCAUCAUCCCCAUGACCCAGGUGGGUGAUGUGGUAUGGUGUGCGGUGCAGUGCGGUGCUGCUUGCUUGCAGGGCGCCGUGAGGGGGGACUACCACGAAUUCAAGCCACCCGUCCGGGGACCCAUCAUUCCCAUGACCCACGUGGGUGAUGUGGUAUGGUGUGCGGUGCAGUGCGGUGCUGCUUGCUUGCAGGGCGCCGUGAGGGGGGACUACCACGAAUUCAAGCCACCCGUCCGGGGACCCAUCAUUCCCAUGACCCACGUGGGUGAUGUGGUAUGGUGUGCGGUGCAGUGCGGUGCUGCUUGCUUGCAGGGCGCCGUGAGGGGGGACUACCACGAAUUCAAGCCACCCGUCCGGGGACCCAUCAUUCCCAUGACCCACGUGGGUGAUGUGGUAUGGUGUGCGGUGCAGUGCGGUGCUGCUUGCUUGCAGGGCGCCGGCGCCGUGAGGGGGGACUACCACGAAUUCAAGCCACCCAUCCGGGGACCCAUCAUUCCCAUGACCCACGUGGUUGAUGUGGUAUGGUGUGCGGUGCAGUGCGGUGCUGCUUGCUUGCAGGGCGCCGUGAGGGGGGACUACCACGAAUUCAAGCCACCCGUCCGGGGACCCAUCAUUCCCAUGACCCACGUGGGUGAUGUGGUAUGGUGUGCGGUGCAGUGCGGUGCUGCUUGCUUCUUGCUUGCAGGGCGCCUGCGUGUGGCGCCAUCCAAUGCACGCUUCUACCAUCUGUGCUUUCAGUGCGCCGUGCGGGGUGAUUACCACGACUUUAAGCCUCCGUUCAGGGGACCCAUCAUCCCCAUGACCCAGGUGCGAGUUGUGUUGUGCUGCUUGCUUGGGUGCCGUGUUGCCGUGCUGCUUGCCAGCCUGCCGACCCUGUGUUGCCGUGCUGCUUCCCAGCCUGCCGACCCUGUGUUGCCGUGCUGCUUCCCAGCCUGCCGACCCUGUGCUGCCGUGCUGCUUCCCAGCCUGCCGACCCUGGGCGCGGCCAACGCAUGCUUCUACCAUCUGCGCCUCCUGUGCCCAUCAUCCCCAUGGCCCACGUGGGUGGGAUGUGGUGCUGCUCGCAUGGGCUGGUUUACCUGCCAGCCAGCCCGCGCUGUCAGUGAGCUGUCAGGAGGCGCCUACCAUCUGCCUCCUGCAGGUGCCGAGUGUGCUGGUGGCGCCGGGCGGGGAGAGCCUCAUCCUCGUCACCUCUCUCCUCCCUGUCUCCACCUCUCCCUUCCCUUCCCUUCCCUUCCCCCACACAUGCAGAUCGGCAGUGACGGAGGGUACCUCACUCGUCCCCUGCGCAUGAAGGAAGUGCUGGUGGCGCUGGGGGAGCGCCUUGACAUGCUCGUGGAUUUCAACGAGGCGCCCUCCUGGUGCCACAGUGUGUUGCCACAGUGUGCUACAAACCAACCGUCCCUGUUGUUACCUCUCCUCUCUGCAUCCCCCCUGAACGUGCAGAUCAGCAGGGACGGCGGGUAUCUCGCUCGCCCUCUCCGAAUGCACCAAGUGCCGGUGGCACCGAGGGAGUGGCUCAACAUGUUGGUGGAUUUCAACGAGGUUCCUCUGUUUCCUCCCCGCCCCCCCUUCAAUCCACCCCCUCCCCCCUCCUCCCCUCACCCGGUACGUGUGCAGAUUGGCAGUGACGGUGGGUACCUCGCUCGUCCCCUGCGCAUGCGCAGCGUGUUGGUGGCACCGGGGGAGCGACUUGACAUGCUUGUGGAUUUCAACGAGGCGCCCUCCUGGUGCCGCGACGUGCUGCUCACCAACGAUGCCCGCGCGCCCUACCCUGCUGGUGAGUGGAUCAAAACUUUGCACCCGCCUUUUCAUGCCACUGGUAAGAUACUUCACACCAGCAGGAACCUCUGGUUUCAACAAAGCCCCCUCCUGGUGCCGCGACGUGCUGCUCACCAACGAUGCACGCGCGCCCUACCCUGCUGGUAA